AUGUAUGCAUUAUAUGGACAGAAGGCAACCGACCGAAUAUUAGAAAAACACAAAGAAGCGAAAAUCAAGAGUUGUUAUUCACCUUGUAUUAACGGAAUACUAUUAGGAGAGAAUGGCGAUUUGGCUCCUGUCUCGAUCGUCUACUCCCUCCUUCCAUCCUCUGAUCUGAUUGCUGUGAUUCAUCAAGAUAAGAUGUCGUGUGCUUCUGAUGGUCCUAAUUCUUCACGUAAGGUGAAUUUCUUUGAAGUCUUGGAUGCUGUUACUGUCUCAAAUACUGAUCAUUUUGAGAUUCAGGAGGGCGAUACUCCUGCAGUGCAAGAGCUAGCUCCAGAGGUUAAAGUGGAUUCUGGUUCAUCGUGGAAAGAUAAGGUCUCUCCCCCUGGAGAGACUCAUGUUAGGAUGAAUUUACGCUACUUUCCUCCCGAUGUUGAUGGGGAGAAAGUUAGGGUUUCUCCUCCUGGGCAUGUUGAGAUCCAGGGUUCUGUUAAAUGGAAAAAUUGCAUUGUUGGCCGUUUUGUUGAUAAAAAACUUCCAUUCCUGGAAGUUCAGUCAAUUGCUGUCAAUGCCUGGGGUAAAUUUGGUCUUAAGACUGUUCUGUCGAAUGACAAGGGCUUCUUCUUUUUUCUGUUCGGUGAGGAAGGGCUGAGUAAAUUGCCUUUAUGGAUUCAACUUCAUAAUGUUCCCCUCCAGUAUUGGAAUGAGGAGGGUUUGAGCUAUCUUGUGAGUGCUGUAGGGAAGCCGUUGUAUGCGGAUGCGAUGACGGAAUCAACAAGUAGGAUUAGCUACGCUAAAAUUUGUGUGGAGGUUGAUGUUAUGUCUACUUUGCCUCAUUCUGUUGAGGUACUCAUAGCUUCUGGAAAAGAGGUUACUGUUCGAAUUAGGUACCCAUGGCGACCAACUAAAUGUGCUUCUUGUAGAGUGUUUGGUCAUAAUGAAUGUAAUAAGAAUAAGGUGGGUGAGAUUGGAACUGUGAAAGCUUCCUCUGUUGCCCCUAAUAAGGUCUGGGUUGUGAAGGGAAGCAAGGUUGAUUGUGCUGCUGGCCUUGUCUCUACAGUGUUACCUACUCCAGAUCCUAUGCGAAUUGCUCAGAAGUCUCCAGUUCCUGUAGAAGUUUUGCCUUGUGUAAAUCAGUUUUUAGCUUUACAGGAAGAUGAGGGGGUUAGGUCUUCCAUUGUGGUGGAGUUGCCUAUUGGUAAGAGUGAGGUUGAUGUUAUUCAGGCCUCUGAAUUUGUGGGGGAUAUCCCAGAAUCUAGCAAGUCUGCUGAGCAGGUUAAUGGGGUUGAUUAUCUUCCUACCGAGCUGGAUGUGGGUUUAUCAGACCCUGAUGCUGUCUUUCAGGCUCUUAUUUCUUUGGAACAUGGGAGUACUAUGAAGUCUGGAGGAGGGAUGAACCCUGGGGCUGCUAAGAAGAGGAAGAAAAGAUGGCCUGAGAAUCUUGUUUCAACAGUGAAGAAAUGCCUUCCUAAUGGGUGGAGUUUUGUUCAUAAUUUUGCUUCUGGGCCUGUUGCUAGAAUAAUUGUGGCAUGGGAGUGUCAGAACUCUUUGGUUAGUGUUAUUUUUUCUUCUGAGCAGAUGCUCCUCCUUUCAGUAGUUAUAAAUCAGAAGUCCUUUGUUGUUUCUUUUGUCUACGGUUUCAAUCAAGCUAGUGCUAGAAGACAACUUUGGGAUGAGCUUCGAAUGGGGCUUGGGUUAGUUGGGAAUCUAGCUUGGAUUGUUUUGGGUGAUUUUAAUGCAGUUCAGUGGCAGCAAGAGAGAUCUGAUUCUACCUCUUUUGAUUCUGCAUCAGCAGGAGAGUUUAAUUGUUGUUUGAAUGAUAUAGAUGUGGAAGAGUUAAACUCUACAGCUGCAGUUCUAGUCCCUGGAAUUUCAGAUCAUUGUCCUCUUCUUAUCUCUAUUUUUCCAUAUAGAGGUGGAAGGAAACCUUUCAAAUUCUUCAACUUUUGGAUGAGGCAUAACGAGUUUCCUGUUCUCCUCUCUCAGUCUUGGUCUGAAUCUUUGGAGUGUGAUUCCCCUAUGUUUUCCUUGUAUACUAAACUGAGAAGAUUGAAGCUGGUUUUGAGGCAGCUUAAUAAGGAAUUCUACAGUGAUAUACAGAAAAGAGUCUUGGAGGCUAGAGUGGAACUAACUGAUAUUCAAAAUCGAAGUGCUUAUUCUCCAAGUGAUCCUAUCUUACUAGAAUAUGAAAGACUCUGCCUACUGAAGUUCAAAGAGCUUAGUAUAGCUGAGGAAGGGUGGAGCAAACAGAAAUCCAGGAUUCAAUGGCUCAGUCUGGGUGAUAAUAACACUAGUUUCUUUCAUAAGAAGAUUGCUAGCCAUAAAAUGAGGAACAAAAUUCUGUCCAUUUGUGAUGAUAGUGGUACCAGAUUGGAUGACCCCCAAGAUGUCAAAAUGGAGGUCCUGAGAUUCUAUAAGGGUAUGUUGGGCUCCAAGUUUACUCAGAAAAGGUUCUCUUGUACUAGGCUCUGGUUCUCAAAUACUGUCCCUAGUUCACUACAUUCCUCUCUUAUUGCUCCAAUCACUCCAGAAGAGAUCAGGAAGGCUAUUUUUUCAAUCAAUGGUGACAAAGAACCAGGUCCGGAUGGCUUUAAUGCCAGCUUUUUCCAAAAGAAUUGGCCUGUUGUUGGUUCAGAGGUAAUUGCAGCUAUCCUUCACUUUUUUAAAUCUGGUGUUAUGUUAAGAGAUGUGAAUGCUACUACGCUCACUCUUGUUCCUAAAAACAGUUGCCCCCAAUCUAUGAGAGAAUACAGACCUAUCGCUUGUUGUAAUGUGAUUUACGAAGCUAUUACCAAAAUCUUGGCAUCUAGAAUACAGCCCAUCCUCCCCCACAUUAUCAACAAAGCCCAGGCAGCCUUUGUCAAAGGUCGGUCUAUCUCUGAUAAUACUUUACUGAUGCAAGAAUUGGUUCGAAAUUAUCAAAGAGACUCUGGUGUUGCUAAGUGUGCUAUCAAGAUUGAUCUGAUGAAAGCCUAUGAUUCGGUUGAUUGGGAUUUUCUGUUUGAGGUUAGAACCUGCAUCUCUUCUGCUAUGUAUUCUGUUGUGCUUAAUGGAGAGCUGGAGGGAUUCUUUAAAGGGGAGAAAGGUCUCAGACAAGGAGAUCCUAUCUCACCAUACCUAUUUCUUUUGAUAAUGGAAGGCUUAUACUCUAUUCUCCAAAGGAGGAUUAAUGAAGGGCAGUUCACUUAUCACCCUAGAUGUGCUUCCUUGUCUAUCACCUAUUUGGCCUUUGCUGAUGAUCUGUUCUUGCUUUUUGGAGCUGACUGUCAAUCUGUUGAGAUACUUAAGGACACCUUGAAUGAGUUUUAUCACUCUUUUGGGUUGCAACCAAAUCUCCAGAAAAGCCAAUUCUUUUUCUCAGGGGUGGAUCCUUCAAUUAAAUCUGAGAUCCUCAGCAUCCUUCCCAUUCCAGAAAGUAUGUUACCAGUUAGAUACUUGGGUGUGCCACUUAUUUCCACCAGACUCCGAUAUGAAGAUUGCAUUCAGUUGAAGGAAAGGACACAACAAAGGAUAGUAAGAUGGUCAAAUAGAGAUCUGUCAUAUGGAGGUCGUGCUCUUCUCAUUCAAUCUGUUCUCUUCAAUAUGCAAACGAAUUGGUGCUCUUUGUUUAUUCUACCUCAAAAGAUCUUAAAAGAGAUUGAAUCUAUAUUAGGGGCAUUCUUGUGGUCUGGGGUUCAUCUUAGAAGAGCGAGUGCAAAAUUGAAAUGGUUGGAAGUCUGUACCUCUAAGGCAGAAGGAGGUCUUGGCUUGAAGUCUCUUAAAGAAUGGAACAAAACCAAUAUACUAAGACAUUUGUGGGCUAUCUGUAAAAAGCAGGAUACAUUAUGGGUUAAGUGGAUUCACAGUUAUAUGAUAAAAGAUCAGAAUUUUUGGGGGACGAAAAUGCCUCAAGACUGCUCUUGGACAAUGUGA